AUGGUUCCUCACUCUGAGGACAAGGUUCUUCACUCUGAGAAUAAGAUUCCUCACACUGAGGACAAGGUGCCUCACUCUAAGGAGAAUGUUCCUCACACUGAGGAAAAGGUUGCUUUCUCUGAGAACAACGUUCAUAACACUGAGGACAAGGUUUCUCACUCUGAAGAGAAGGUUGCUCACUAUGAGGACAAGGUUCCUCGCUCUGAGGACAAAGUUCCUCACUCUGAGGACAAGGUACUUCAAUCUGAGGACGAGCUUCCUCACACUGAGGACAAGAUUCCUCACUAUGAAGACAAGGUUCCUCACUCUGAGGAAAAGGUUCCUCACAGUGAGGACAAGGUUCCUCACUCUGAAGUCAGGUUCCUCACUCUGAAGUCAGGUUCCUCACUCUGAUGACAAAGUUUAUCAGCCUGAGGACAAGGUUCGUCACUCUGAGGACAAGGUUCUUCACUAUGAGGACAAGGUUCUUCACUCUAACGACUAGGUUCCUCACUCUGAGGACAAGGUUCCCCACGCUGAGUACAAGGUUGCUCACUCUGAGGACAACAUUCCUCAAUCUGAAAACAAGGUUCCUCACUCUGAGGACAAGGUUCCUCACUCUGAGUACAAGGGUCCUCACUCUGAGCACAAGGUUCCUCACUCUGAGGAGAAGGUACCUCACUCUUAGGACGAGAUUCCUCACACUGAGGACAAAGAUCCUGACCCUGGGACAAGUUUUCUAACUCUGAGGGCAAGGUUCCUCACUCUGUAGUCAGGUUCCUCACUCUGAGGACAAUGUUCUUCACAAGGAGGACAAGAUUCUGCCCUCUGAGAAGAAUGUCCUCCCUCUGAGGACAAGGUUCCUCACUCUGAGGACAAGGUUCCUCACUCUGAAGACAGGUUCCUCGCUCUGAGGAGGAGGUUCAUCAUUCUGAGAACAAGGUUGCUUACUCUGAAAACAAGGUUCCUCCCUCUGAGAAGAAGGGUUCCUCAAUAUGAGAACAACGUUCCUCACACUGAGGACAUGGUUCCUCACUCUGAGAACAAGGCUCCUCACUCUGAGGAGAAGGUUCCUCAAACUGAGGAAAAGGUUCCUCACUCGGACAAUAAGGUUCCUCACCCUGAGAACAAAGUUCCUCACUGUGAGGACAAGGUUCUUCACUGUGAAAGCAGAUUCCCCAUUCUGAGGACAAGGUUCAUCACUCUGAGGACAAUGUUCCUCACACUAAGGACAAGGUUCCUCACUCUGAGAACAAGGCUCCUCACUCUGAGGAGAAGGUUCCUCAAACUGAGGAAAAGGUUCCUCACUCGGACAACAAGGUUCCUCACCCUGAGAACAAGGUUCCUCACUGCGAGGACAAGGUUCCUCACUGUGAAAGCAGAUUCCCCAUUCUGAGGACAAGGUUCAUCACUCUGAGGACAAGGUUCCUCACACUGAGGACAAAGUUCCUCUGUCUGAGGACAAGGUACCUCACUCUGAGGACGAGGUUCCUCACUGUGAGGACAAGGUUCCUCACUCUGAGGACAAGGUUCCUCACCCUGAAGGCAUGUUCCUCGCACUGAGGACAAGAUUGCUCACUCUGAGGACAAGGUUCCUCACUCUGAGGGAAGGUUCCUCACUCUGAGGACAAGGUUCCUCACUCUGAGGACAAGGUUCCUAACUCUGAGAAUAAGAGUCCUUACACUGAGGACAAGGUUCCUCACUCUAAGGACAAUGUUCCUCCCACUGAGGAAAAGGUUGCUUUCUCUGAGAACAACGUUCAUAACACUGAGGCCAAGGUUCCUCACUCUGAAGAGAAGGUUGCUCACUAUGAGGACAAGGUUCUUCACUCUGAGGACAAAGUUCCUCACUCUGAGGACAAGGUACCUCACUCUGAGGACGAGCUUCCUCACACUGAGGACAAGAUUCCUCACUAUGAGGACAAGGUUCCUCACUCUGAGGAAAAUGUUCCUCACAGAGAGGACAAGGUUCCUUACUCUGAAGUCUGGUUCCUCACUCUGAAGUCAGGUUCCUCACUCUGAUGACAAAGUUCAUCACUCUGAGGACAAGGUUCGUCACUCUGAGGACAAGGUUCUUCACUAUGAGGACAAGGUUCCUCACUCUGAGGACUAGGUUGCUCACUCUGAGGACAAGGUUCCCCACCCUGAGUACAAGGUUGGUCACUCUGAGGACAACAUUCCUCAAUCUGAAAACAAGGUUUCUGACUCUGAGGACAAGGUUCCUCACUCUGAGUACAAGGGUCCUCACUCUGAGCACAAGGUUCCUCACUCUGAGGAGAAGGUACCUCACACUUAGGACGAGGUUCCUCACACUGAGGACAAGGAUCCUCACCAUGGGACAAGUUUUCUAACUCUGAGGGCAAGGUUCCUCACUCUGAAGUCAGGUUCCUCAAUCUGAGGACAAGGUUCCUCACUCUGAGGAGAAGGUUCUUAACAAGGAGGACAAGGUUCCGCACUCUGAGAAGAAUGUCCUCACUCUGAGGACAAGGUUCCUCACUCUGAAGACAAGUUUGCUCACUCUGAGGACAACAUUCCUCAAUCUGGGGAGGAGGUUUAUCAUUCUGAAAAAAAGGUUGCUUACUCUGAAAACAAGGUUCCUCACUCUGAGAAGAAGGGUUCCUCAAUAUGAGAACAAGGUUCCUCACACUGAAGACAUGCUUCCUCACUCUGAGAACAAGUUUCCUCACUCUGAGAGCAAGGUUCCUCACCCUGAGGACAAGGUUCCUCACUCCGUGGGCAAGGUUCCUCACACUGAGGACAAGUUUCUUCACUCUGAGAACAAGGUUCUUCACUCUAAGGACAAGGUUCCUCAUUCUGAAGACAACGUUCCGCACUCUGAUGGCAGGUUCCUCAGACUGCGGACAAGGUUCCUCGCUCUGAGGACAAGGUUCCUCACUCUGAGGACAAGGUUCCUCACACUAAGGACAAGGUUCCUCACUCUGAGAACAAGGCUCCUCACUCUGAGGAGAAGGUUCCUCAAACUGAGGAAAAGGUUCCUCACUCGGACAACAAGGUUCCUCACCCUAAGAACAAGGUUCCUCACUUUGAGGACAAGGUUCCUCACUGUGAAAGCAGAUUCCCCAUUCUGAGGACAAGGUUCGUCACUCUGAGGACAAGGUUCCUCACACUGAGGACAAAGUUCCUCUCUCUGAGGACAAGGCUCCUCACCCUGAAGGCAUGUUCCUCGCACUGAGGACAAGAUUGCUCACUCUGAGUACAAGGUUGCUCUCUCUGAGGACAAGGUUACUCACACUGAGGACAAUGUUCCUCAGUCUGAAGUCAGGUUCCUCACUCUGAGGACAAGGUGCCUCACUCUGAGGACAAGGUUCCUCACUGAGAAGACAGGAUCCUCCAUCUGAGGACAAGGUUCAUCACUCUGAGAACAAGGUUCCUCACUGUUAAAACAAGGUUCCUCACUCUGAGAACAAGGGUUCCUCAAUUUGAGGACAAGGUUUCUCACACUGAGGACAUGGUUCCUCACCCUGAGAACACGUUUCCUCACUCUGAGAGCAAGGUUCCUCACCCUGAGGACAAGGUUCCUCACUCUGAGGGCAAGGUUCCUCACACUGAGGAGAAGAUUCCUCACUCUGAGGAGAAGGUUCUUCACUCUAAGGACAAGGUUCCUCUCUCAGAAGACAACGUUCCGCACUCUGAUGGCAGGUUCCCCAGACUGCGGACAAGGUUCCUCGCUCUGAGGACAAGGUUCCUCACUCGGAGGACAAGGUUCCUCACUCUGAAGUCAG